AUGGAAAACAUCGGUCUCCGCACACCUGGCGUAUUGGGCGUCGUCUUCGGCGCUCAAGGCGCCUUUCUACUGGCUAAUGCCAUCUACACCUUGGCAUAUCCUUCCGCCGCAUCGAACCUCCCGGACUCGCCUCUGGCUGGGGUUCCCACCCAUACAGUCCGAUGUAUAGGUGUGACUUCUCUUUCUACGGGGACAAUUUACGCUAUUGCGAGCUACCAGCGCAAUAUUCCGAUAAUGCUUGCUUCGCUUCCUGGUCGCCUUUUCGCCGGUAGUUUGUUUGUGGAGUCUCCCACUGAGAAGGAAAAGCGUGAUGAUUUUGUACGGAGUACUCCAUACGACACUACUAUUCCGUUGUAA